UGCACUGUUGGAUAGAAUUUAAAGAUGGCUGAUUCUGGCGAUCUGUUCUGACUGCAAAUCCUUUUCUUUCAUAUUUUCUUUUGAAUAAACAUUUCAAUUGUACAUAACAGUUUACAGUGUAAGUUCAUAAUAUGUACCACUUCAUGUAUUCAGUGUAAGAAGUAUGUGCGGAUCGAAUCGAUUGCUUUCUUCGUAAAUAUAAGUGAAUCUAGGUGCACAGUUCGUGUGAUAAGAUUUUAAUUGAUGUUUUUCUUAUAUCAUGUAAAGACUGAACAAUGUGAAUAUUGCCUGUGUGAAAAGGAAUAUACUUAGAUUAACUCAUUCAACCAUGGAUAAAGUACAAAUGAAAAAAGAACCACCCCCUGAAUCAAUGCAGCACAGGUCAGAUACGUCAGAAGUAUGCUUCGUAUGCGGCAACCGUAGUCACCCUCACUCCUAUUGGCUGAACACCAAGCCGGUGCCCAACAACCCCAAGGAGCCAUAUUUUCCUUUUCUGGAAACCCAUGAGCCUCCAGCCCAUUACGUGUCCAAAAGUGAUGUAGCAGUACCGUCGUGCUUUCUCUGUUACACUUUGCUACUUCAACAGUGGGCCACCCACGAACUAACCUCCAAACCACAUUCUGAAAGGCUAUAUUGGCUCAAGAGGGUGGACAAUGGACCUUUCACCGGAGCCGAUAUGGGGAUGCAGGGCGAAUACGCUGCGCAGCUUGGUCUUAACGGUGAUAGUAACUCGGUGAAUAGCAUGGGGCCGAAGCCCAAGCAGAUGAGACUGAGUCCGAGGAUGUCCCCAAGACCACAACAGGUUACUAACCAUGAUCGGAUAGCUGAAGAUCCAGUAUCCUUAGACUCUGCGUUAGACCUUACCCAUUCCCAACUGCAGGUCAUCCCAACGCCACCACAGCCAACACAGUGUGUUUCGGUGCCAAUAUACCAUAGUCAAAAUUCAAAUUCAUCAACUGGAACAGACAUUUUAGAUCUGAGUAUGCCAGACAAAAACUCGGUAACCGAAGUUUGUUAUGUUUGCGGAGACGAAUUCAAAAGAGGUAGUUUGGAUAUGAUUGCAUCCAAACAACAAAUUGAAGCAAUCAACCAACCUUUUUUUCCAAGUCUGAUAGAGCACCCUAGGCCUAGCAGAUCCCGACCAAUAGAUUCAGCAGGAAAAGUGCAAGCUUGUGUGGAUUGUCAACAGUACUUGCUGAAACAGUGGCAAGCUUUUCAGGCACAGGGAGUUCCCCAUGCGGAGAGAAAGUAUAUACUUAGGAAAAGGGUCUCGUCGAAUAUAGAUACGACUACGUUUGUUUGUUACACCUGUGCCUUGGAGUACCCUUCUAGUAGUAUAAGACUUUUCUAUUGUCGACCUAACUCGGACAACGAACCAUACUUCCCGUUCAUUGCUACUAUACCUGCUCCCCCUGGUGCAAGUCCAAUAAGUCCACAAGGUAUGGUACAAAUCUGUUCGGCUUGUUAUGAAACUAUUCCACUCAAGCACCAAGCUUAUGGUGGACCAGGAGAUGCCAAUGCUGGGUCAACAGAAAACCAUGUAUCUGUCACUGAAGUGCAAUAUUUAAAUAAUUCUUCAUCAAGACCUAUCACUGCCAAAUCUCCAGCAAAUAGUGCAGGUUCAGAUAUUAGGUACAAGCCUUACAGCAUUUCUCCUGCCAUUGUAACAAGUAAAAAAAAGCAAGCAGCUAUAGAAAAUAGACAACGAAUGGGAUUAGCAAGUAGAACAACUUCACCCAUUACCGAUGUAAAUGGCCAAAGUAGUGGACAGAGUUACAGGUGCUAUAUUUGUUCUGGUCUCUAUCCACGAACUCAGAUGGAAUGGCUUAGUACUUCUCCUGAAGGUAUGAACUCUCAUGCUAUGCACUUUCCAUGUUUGAGUGGUAUGGCUAGAACAUCAGAAAACAGUUGUAAGGAUUCUCAUGGUAGGGUAUUAAGCUGUACAAAAUGUGUGAAUCAUUUGGCACAACAGUGGGAAAGUUUUGAAAGUGACAGAGUUCCAUUGGAGAGGAGGAGGUAUGAUGUACCUCUUCCAGAAACAACAUCAAAUGGCGAUCGGGGUAUACCAACGCCACCUAGCACUAAUAGUGAACGAACAGUAACGAGCAAUCCUGGGGCAAGUAGUAUUUAUUGUUUUCUCUGUGGACUACAUUCGGAAUUUGUUUUGGCCAGAGUUUUGUACAGUAAACCCCAGGGGCGAAAUGCCCCAUAUUUCCCUGCUUUGUUGAGUCAUCAUAGCCCACCAAAUGCCGAACAGUUGAGGGAAGACGGAUCGGCAUUGGUUUGUACAUUUUGUUAUCACAGUUUAGUAAGUCAGUGGCGGCGAUAUGAAGCUCAAGGUGGAGCUGCCCCCCAUGCUGAGAGGAGAGAAUAUAAUACUAGGGAUUAUUGUUGUUAUGUGUGCGGAGUCACUACUUAUAGGAAAAGAGUUAGAGCCCUUUUGAUAAAGGACUUUCCCUUUCUACGAUUUCAUCCUCAACCUGAGUUUUCUUUGUUAUUGGAGAAUGGGGAUUAUGCUGUGGUAUGUUUAGACUGUUAUGAAACUCUUAGGACACAAAGUUUAGAGUAUGAACGAUGGGGUCUUCCUUUAGACAAAAGACAAUAUAAUUGGAUAUUGCAACCUCCUCCUCCAGAAGAUAGUCCAGAGGCUGCUGUUGCUAGACUACCAAGUGGCCAAAGGAGUGAUAAAGUGGUUCCUACAACAUUUAUAGCUAAGCCUUCUAAAAAGAGUUCCCCUAAAAUAUCGGAAAAAAAAGUGGCGAAAUCAGAUCCAAAUGUUCUCUCAAGCAGUCCAAAACUCACCUCAACUAAUGGCAAUAGCAAACCUAGAGUAUCUUCUGGUCAUACAGUUCCUGGACCCGGUCCUGGAAACCAGAACCAGAAUUCCCUAUCUUUUGCUGCUGCAUUGAGAACAUUGGCUCAACAGUCUGUGCCUCCUACAGGUGAACAUCCUCCAUCUGCUCAUAAUUCAACAGAAACUUCAAGGAGAGAUCAAGGUAUGAGUAAUUCAGAAAAAGUCAAGGUUAAUUCUGAAGUAAAUCUUUAUGGUAAUAAUUCUACAUCAGUCAGACCUUCAGAUUCAAGAAUGCCGUUAGCUAGUCCUGCAGAUAGAUAUUCAGCACCUACAAUGCCAGAUCUAGGAAGAAGUGGUUUCCAACCUUAUAGACCAGAAGACAGAGUGCCAGUUGUGCCACCAGUAGGAUUGGAUGUUGGAGUUUAUCCUCCCUAUGGAUAUCCUUCAAUACCAAUGAUAGACGAACAACUUUAUUACGAUCGAGCUAGAUUACUAAGGCCUCCAUGGCCACCUUUUGGGCAUCCAAUGGUCAAUCCAUACAUGAUGCCCGGAGCUGGGGCAAUACCCUUUUAUAUGCCUGAUAGCUUAAAGGUAGAAGAAGAACAUAGGAGACUUGUGGCUCUGAAGAAAGAUGAACAAAUGGAACGUGAACUUUUGCAGCAUCAAAGGGAAAGGGAACAAAGGGAGAAAGAGAGAGUACUGAGGGAGAGAGAAAAAGCUCAAUCUCGUGUUUCACCUCAUAUUCCCCCACCUUCUCAUUUAACAGCUCAAUCUCCUCUAAUGGUUCCAUUACUUCAUCCUGGCUCAAUGCUUCCUCCUACACCUUUAGGUCUAUCAUCUCGAAAUUCAAUGUCCAUGAACACUCCAUUUUUACCACCAGUUUCCUUACCACAAGCUUACUCUGUCCCAAGAUCAAGUCCUAAUUUACAUAGGCAGUCUCCACAUGCUUCUUCUCACCCUUCAUCAUCUAGUUAUAUGUCCCAUCGACAAUCUCCUAUUAUACAACCAUCAGGACCCCUCAUUAAUAAUGCUAUGGGACCAUCUAGUCAAGUUCCUCGUUCAUCUCCCAAACCACCAACUCCAAAAUCUGCCAGUAUUCCUCAAAUGCCUACUAGAGGUGGAGGAGCUUCUACUCCUGGUUCCAGGUCAAAUACACCCUCUGCAGGAACUACAUCUGGACAUUUGCUUGGAGGAAAUUGUACUCCACAUCGUAGCAGCUCUACACCAGUUCAAAUAAGUUCGACGCCCAAUCCACAAGAAGACAAGCUACCUCAGGAAGUUAAUUCUAUCUCAGUUGCUCAAGUACCACCCUGUACAAGCGCAGCCAGGAAGCCUACUGUAGCACCAAGUAAUAUUGCGAAUCAUCAAAUUCACAACUUAGGUGUCAGCAUUCCUGUUGAAGCCAAAAACAUAACUUCAAUUACUAAUCAAAAUAAAGAUCAGAAUUGUCAACCCAUUGCUUCUAAAUUAAAUAAAAUAUUUAAUCAUAACAUAGAAUCAAUCGUUAAUAAAAAUUUGGAAAACGAAAUUCAGGCUACAAAACAGAUUAAUAAAAUAUCAGAAUUUCCUUCACUUGAAAGUGUUCAGAAUAUGAAUAGUUCUGAUAAUGAAAUGAGUUUAAUUGAAAGAAACUCAGGUUCACGACUGUUUGAUGAUAAAACUGUAAACCAGAAAAAAGUCUCAUUGAAUUUGGGUUCUGACAAGUUUAAAAAUAAAAGUAAUAUUCCCAAUAAUGGAGAUGAAAUAACACUAGUUAAUAUAUUAGGUCUGGACAAAGACUUUACAAAGAGGGACAGCUUGUCUCUAUGGGAAGAAAGAAAAGAAGUUAUGCAUAGCAAGAAUAUUAUUUUUGGCAAUUCCAAUUUGCCAGAGUUGAGUGCACAAGUCAAGCAUGGGAGUACACCUAUAAACAACCCUAGUCACCAAACAUUCAGCCCACAGUUACCUGCACCUUCCCCUAAUUACCCAGUUCAGAGUCAAGUUACCCAAAUAAUUGUUGAAAUACCUAAAGAAAGCCAUAAAGCUCUUACAGGUAGUGUUCCUAUUGUAAACAAUAAUUAUAUUAAUAAUAUCCCACCUACUAGUCAAACUCAUACUGAAAAUUUGUUGCAAAUGACUGAAGAAGAAAUAAAAUCAGAAUGUAACGACUUAAAUGAAAACAUUGAUGCUGAAAUGAAAGAGAACAUAGAAGUUCCUAUAUUCUGGAAUCGAUCAAUAGUAGAGAAGAAUCCUUGCAUACCUGGCUUAGCUGAUAAAAGUGGGAAUCAAUUCACUGUAUUAAAUAUUCCUUCAGUACUAGGCUCUUCAUACAAAAGGAAAAUAUUGAGCAAGAUUGAUUUAGCAGUGAUGAGAAAAAAGUUGAGAAGACAAAAAAAGGUGACAAAAACGAAAAGGAUAAACAAAUUGACCCAUAAUCCCGAAAAUAAUGUUUCGAAGCAGUUCGAAGUUAAUGUUCAUGGUUGUUCUGAUAGUUCUUCGAGCUCAAGUACUGAUUCAGAAUCAGAUUUUGAAGUUUCUGAGUAUGAUACUUGGAUUAAAUCAGGGCCACCCUUAAAACAUGCUUACUCUCCCAAAAAAAUGUGCUUCCUCCAGAUUUUUGGUUUAACUUCUCAUACAAAGAAAAAUUCUAUCGAAAUAGAAAAACUGGAAAAACGGAAGUGGCAACAAGUGGUAACCAUUGCAGAUCACAGGGAUCAACAAAGCCAAUCAGAGAAAAAAGUCUGUUCAUUAAAUUUACCUGUGCCUUCAAAAUCACCUUCAGUGUUGAAUUACUCUACAGAUUAUAGAAAAAAAUCAAACUUCCUUCAAGUGUUGGGCCUUAAUACUGUACCUGCAAGAGUUAGAGAUGAAAUGGAAAACAAUUGGAUGAAAAUAAUCGAAGAACGCCUAAAAAGAAGUGAAGAAACACCUCUUACUUGCUAUAGCUUGAUUUAUCACCGAAAGCAGAAACCUCACUUGAAUAUGGGUUCUAAUGAUCUUCUCACAGAUAAACAUUCAUUGGAUCAUUUUAAGAUUCCAAUAGUACAUCGUUUCUCUACUGCUGUUCAACAUACUAUGAAUUCUGAAAAUACCGUUUUUUGUGCCAGAAAUGUAAAUGUCAUUGUGCCUAAUUUCAACAAUGUGAAAGACAAGAGUAAAGAUUGUGUCACUGUACCGUCAUUUAAGGCUAAACAAGUUACAUUUGAAAAAAAAUUAAAAUGGCCAGGGAUACAAGAAGUGAUGGAAUCAUAUGAGGAUUAUUCUAGAGAAAGGAAGCAUGAAAUUGAAACAUUAACUAGACAGAAUCAAACACUGAAAGAAGAUGCUAAAACUUUAAUUAGCCAAGAAAGAUUACUUGUUCGGAAACAAAGAGGCUUGAAUUCCGCUUUAUUUCUUAUGGAACAAGAGAAGAAACGAUUACAGAAUGAAGUUGACCAUCUCAUGAAAAUGGUUAAAAACUUUCGGUAGCAGACGUUCUUUAUCUCUGAUUAAUAUUUCAAAUGAUUUUUGUUUUGUUUGAUUUCCUUCUUUUAUUUUCAUUUUUGGAAUAUUGGACCAAAUAUCUUUUAUAUUUUGGCGGAAGAUAGUUUAGUCUACAGUUUGAUUAUUUUGAUAGCAAAUGCAAUAACUUAUUUAACUUGAAGAUGGUGUAAUCGAUCGAAAUAGACUGUGAUGAAAUAUUGCAUUUCGUGGUGGAGUAGUGUACUUAUUUUUCUUUGUUGGUCAAUAGUAUUAUUUCCAUAUUGACGUAUUUUUAUUGCAUAUUUAAUUUUUUAUAUACCUAUAUUUAAGAUGAGAUCGUAAAAACCAAAUUGGAAAAUAAUAUUGUUGUAUGAUUUGGUAUGUUGAUUUUACGGGUGUUUAAUUUAGAUAGUGUUCACUAAUUCUGUGAUAAAUACUUUUAGUAUCUUGACGUAAACACUGUUUCUAGCAUGACAACUUAAUAAAUGUACAGAUGAAUGAUUAA